AUGCUUUUCCCAUCUGCUCAGCGAUUCAAGAGGUCCUCAGCUGCCUUCCUCAACCCAGUGCUACAAAACUCUGUGGAAGAUGUGGUCCUGCUUUAUGAGUUUCUUUUAGCUGAGCUUGACAUUGACAAAGGUCAGAGGAUCUCCAUCAAAGAUGAGGAGCUGGCUUCCCUGAGGAAGGCUGCUGAGUUCAACACCAUCUGCAACGAGAUUAUCCCCAAGAGCAUCCCAGAGAUCCGCAGGCUGAGCAGCAGGCUGUCUUCCUACCCGAGGGUCCUCAAGAAAGAGGACUUUGAAAGGACAGUGCUGACCAUGGUCUACGCGGCCUACAGAGCUGCUCAGUCCCAGGGGCACCAGAGGGACACUUGGGCUGAAUCCUUUGUCCACCUCUACAAAGCCCUGAAGAACGACUUGAUGCUCUCCUACAGCAAGCAGCCCUCAUAGUGGCAGAGGAGCAGCGCCUCAGCCACCUGCUCUGGUUGAGGAAGGACACA